AUGAUGAAAUUUAUUUGGUUUUCAUAUUUUUCCACAUUGGUAACAUUAAUUUCUAGUAAUGAAAAAGAUUAUUUCUAUAGAGAAUUUUAUCCAAGUUCAGAUAGAUUUAAUGAUGAUUAUUCACACAGAAAUUAUGAAGGUUAUAAUGAAUACUCACCGUAUAAUGAUUAUAAUAACGGGAAUGAAUAUAAUUACUAUUCGAAUGAUGGUUAUAACAACUAUGAUUAUAAUUAUGAAGAUUAUUCAUACCAUGAAUAUGAUGACAAUAAAGAACCAAGAGGACAUGACGAACACUCUGACUAUAGAUACCCUCCAAAUCCCCAUGAUCACUAUGAAACUAAUGAAGGAAAUAAUUAUGAUGAUAAAUAUCCUGAUGAUUAUAACAAUCUUGAUUAUUACAAUAAUUACAAUGUUGAAGAUCAUGAUAAUCAUCGAACUUCAGAUCAUAAUAAUCAUCAAACACAGGGACCUGAUUAUCAUGCUUAUCAAAAACACGAAAGAGAUACGUUCAGAUAUCAGGACUAUGUAUUAAAUCAUUGGAAUAAUCACAAACCAUAUACAGAUUAUGAAUAUCAAUAUUACCGAGUGAAACCAAAUCAUUAUGAUGAGUAUUCGGAUAACGGUGUAGGAAACUAUAAGCCCAGAGGAGAAAAUCCAUCACAACGUACUACUAUGAAACCUGAUAAUGAUGAAUUUAACUUUUGAUACAGAACUUCUUAUAUAACAACAUUAUUUAUUUUUCUCUAAAUUGAUGUAUUAAUAAUAUAAUAUCAUAAGAUUAUGUAUCCAUAUUUUAGGUUACUCAAUAGGUUACUGCUAUCCAUCUUUUUAUUAUCCAUAAAGCAUCAUUUGUCUUCUUAAUUGUUUAUCAGUGAGAUGAUAGCAACCGAUGGUUAGAGACACAGGUGCAUCCACUCUUUGUGUUCUCCCAAAUUCUCAUCUCCUGAAUCCUCCUUGUCUCUUUUCUCUCUUUCCAAAUUUAUUUCACUGGAUUAUAAUCCUUGGAUAACAUCUUGAAAUCCAAAUAUUUCCGACUACUGUUUAUACUCUUGCUAAGUCUACCACUAUAGGAUUUGAAUCGACAAUUGUAUUUCUGUGCUAAUGUGAUAUGGGAACUCGAACUGAUGUACCUACGUACGAAGUUCUACAUUGUUACUGACUGACUGACAUCAGUGUAAAAGAUGAUACAGCGAUAUUCCAUUUAGUUGAAUAAAUCAAUAUUAUACAUUGUUAUUGUAAAUUAUGUAGAUCUUUGAAAUUUUCAUUUGUAAUAGUAAUAGUUUAUUUUGUUGUUAUGCAUUAUCUUUAUCCUAUUUUAAGAUAACACUUCAAUAUCGUAUUUUUAUUCAUUCAUAAGCUGAAUAUUUAGGUUUAUUAUUUGACAGAUAUAUAUAUAAUUUGAAGUGAGUAAAAUAAAAAGAAACAAAAAAACAACCUGAUCUGCAA